CUGGACGUGAAGCGCUUCACGGUGCUGGACCCGACGCGGCCCACGCUCAUCCGCGCCAAGUACGGCCCCUUCAGCACCAAGCAGACGGUGCCGGCGCGCUACGUGCUGCCGGAGUUCCAGGACGAGGAGGAGGCCAACGCGACGGAGGCCGACCUGCUGGGGCGCCACCUGCCGCCCGUGCCGCACCAGCUGGAGGUGUCCGCCCACCUGGUCAACACGGAGGUCACGCGCGCGCACCCCGCCCUCAGGGUGCUCGUGCACGGCGCCGGUGCCCGCGGCCACCACUCCCCACACGUGUGCGUCACCGUGAUCGCCCGACGGAGGAACGACGCCCUCUCCGCCUCGUGCACGCCCACGGGCGCCAAGGAGACGGGCGGCGACGCCACGUGCCUCGUGACGAUGGCGGUGCCGGCGCGCUGGUGGCCGCCGCACACGCGCGCCACCUUCAAGCUCCCGCGCGUGGCCGUGCAGGUGUCGUACCUGGUGGGCACGGCGGCCGGGCCCAAGGAGUGCGCCGUGCGCGACGCGGGCGGCCCCAACCAGGGCGGCCCCAGGGUCACGGUGCAGCCCGAGACGCCCGUGGGCGAGGUCAUCCUCACGCUGGACCCGCACGGCUACGACGAGCUCUCGUCCGACCCGCUCGUGCACGUGCUGGUCCCGCGCGCGCCGCUGCACCCCGCCACCGCCAUCCACGCGCCGCUCUACCUGCACCCGCCGGGGAACUGCCGGCGCUCGUGCUCGUCCUCAGGUCAGUCGGGGGCUCCGUACUUCAACCACGAGUCCCUGACGCUGCUCGCCUCGGACGCCCUGCCGCUGGAGGAGCGCCUCACCUGGACGGACGAGAUCCACCAGCUCGACCUGCAGUCCCGGCGGACGCUCAGGGAUUUCGUCGGGCAGACCGUCCUCUUCCUGGCGAGCAGGUCGCUCCUGUCCGACGAGAUGGCCGUGGUGGUCGGGACGUCCCGCCUGCGCCAGAUCCGGGCCAGGAACGAGUUCGUCAACAUCUACGGGACGCCGUGCGAGUGGGCGGGCGAGGACAAGGAGCCCAGGACGGGCGCCGGCAGCUUCACGGUCACCAAGACGGCGUGGCUGUACGCCCCAGACGCCGGCGUGCCCGUGAUGGAGGGGCGGCUGUGCCAGAUCCCCAAGAGCGGCUACUACCUCGAUCUGCUCUCGCCGGCCAUCGCCAACAACAGGUCUUGCGAGGGCAGCGCCUAG